AUGGACUCCCGACUCCACACUCCCGUGUACGACUUCUUAGUCAACCUCUCACUGCUGGACACUGCCUAUAUCUCCAGCACGGGGCCUCAGGUGCUGGAACACCUGCUGGCAGCAGUGCGGACCGUGCCCCAUCGUGCUUGUCUUCCCCAGAUCUUCUUUCUCCACUUCCUGGCUCCCUGGGAGCGCUUCCUGCUCACAGCCGUGGCCUGUGACCGCUAUGCAGCCAUCGGCCGGCCACCGCACCACCUAGUCCUCAUGGGCCGUGGACGGACCCGGGCAGGAAUGGCUUCCACCUCCCGCCUGCUUGCCUCGGCCGAUGCGUUCGCCCACACCGUCCUUGCAGCUCCACUGAGGUUCUGCGGGCCUCGCCCCAUCACCCACUUCUCCUGUGGCCUCCCUCCACUGACCAGACUCUCUUGCUCAAGCACGUGGGCCAGCGAACUUGCCCUGUUCGUCUUCAGUUUCGUGGUGGCUCUUGCACCCCGUGCCCCGGUUGCGAUCUCCUGUGUACGUGUUGUGGCUGCGAUUCUCAGGAUUCACUCCGCUGAGGGCCGAAGAAAAGCCUUUUCCACCUGUGGUGCUCACCCCACCGUGGUCUGCAUUUUCUACAUCGCUCCGGUCCUCUGCUACAUCCUCCCCAGCUCUGCGUGCUCUGGCUUGCGGGACCGGGUGCUCCCUGUGCUGUACGUGGUCCUCACCCCCAUGCUCAACCCCGUCAUCUACAGCAUGCGAAACAAGGACGUGAAGAGGGCUUUGCUCAAGUCCCUCGGGAAAGAAAGUGCCUCCUAG